ACAAAGCCCGGCGCGCCUCGCGGCAGCGAGUCCCCGUAUCCCGGAAGUGGCGUUGGUGGCGGCGGGACGAGUGGAACUGCAAAGAAAUGGAGCGGCCGGGCGGAAGCGUUCCCGGAAACGUGCCGCUGCGCCCCUCGGACGGCGGCCGGCGGCAGCCAGAAGAGAUCAGGGGCGCCGGCUCCGCCAUGGCCAAGCAGUACGACGCGGUGGAGUGUCCCUACUGCGACGAGGUCUCCAAGUACGAGAAGCUGGCCAAGAUCGGGCAAGGCACCUUCGGGUGAGGCUCUGCCGGGCGCCCGUCGCCCCCCUGCGGGGAGCCCCCCGCCCCGCCCUGCGCCCCCCACCUCCCCAGGGACCCCCCCACCCCCAGCAGGGUCCCCCACGUCCGAAAAAGCUCCCCGAUCCCUGCGCCACGGGCCCCACAGGCUCCCCCACUGCUCCAGCCCCAUGGGCUCCUAGCACAGGCUCCCAACAGACGUCCUUCAUGCAGGCUUCCCUGGGGGGCCGCCCCCUUUCCUCUCCCCUCGGCUCUCCCAUUGCCUCGCGUUCAUUCUGGCCUCCUGUAUGGUUGGCUUCCUCUGUUCUUCCUGUUGUAGCCCCACCCCUCCUGAUUAGUUGCCUCCCCAAGAUGCCCUCCAGUCAAGCUCCCACCGCGGCGGCGCGAGGUGCCCCCUCCUUUCCCCCUUAAGCUCCUUGCUGCCCUCCCCAAAAGUCGUCUUCUUCGCUCGUGUCUCUUAAAUAACUCCCCUGCUUCACACACUGAAUUGCUUCCACUGCAUCAGCUCCCUUCGCUGAUUGCAGACAGCCUUUAUUAAUUACUGUUAUGAUAUUAUUUGUCCCUUGGAAAAGACCAAGGCAUCAUAGGUGGUUCAGAUCCACCCCCGUUUUAUCACCUCAAUAACCCCAGGAAGUAAAUUAGCUGGAGAGAAAGUCUUGCCUCUGGAAGCAUUUUGCUAUGCCUCCACUCUGAUUAAGAUCAUAAAAAGAGGCAGAAUGUGGCCUGAGGGGACCCAGGUUCAAAUUGCAUGAGAGAGGGACAACAACCAUCUAAUCCAGAGGUUUUCAACCUUUUUGAGUCCACAGCUCCCUUGACCAACUGCAUUCUUUCUGCGGCACCCUUGUGGGGCUCAGGAGCCCAGUUAGUCCCCCCUUGCCUGCAGAGCUAGCAGCCCCUGAACCCUUUUUGAACACCCUCCCUUGUGGAGUGUUCCCUCAGCCUCCUCUCCUCUCCCCUCUCCUUGGGUGUCCUCUGGACAGCUGCUGCUGCUGCCCCUGGCCUCUGAGCUGCCCACCCUGCCCCAAAGAAAGGUGCCUCCUCACACUGCCCCAUAGGGGUCUGGGAAGAGGAUGCCUCCAGCCUUAGUGGCCCAAUGGAGACUGGCCAAAAGUGAAUGUGAGGCCAGCACCUUACCCUGGGAGGUAGCACCGGGCACUCAGCUCCCAGGCAGGCCUUGCAUAAAGCAAGCACAAGAAAGGCCAGCCCAGCACCUACCUGCCUGCCUGGCCUCCCACUUGUCUGUCCAUUUCCAAAAGCAAGGGCUGGUGGACUGGCAGGCUGGGCUCCUUCACCCACUUGCUUGCUUGCUUGCUUGCUUACUCCAAGGCCACCUCAGCUCCUGGCAACCAGCCUCCCCUGGCCAGCCCCAGAGGCACCAUUCCCCUGGGGAGCUUGUAGCCAGGGCUGCUACAACAGCUGCACAAGCCUUUGGGAGGCAGAGACUUGAGAGGGCAUCAGAGAAAGGAAGGAAGGAAAAAGGGACAGAGGACAGUGUUGCCCAUGGCACCCCGACCAUCAUUAAAAGCACCCCAGGGUGCCACGGCACACUGGUUGAAAACCCCUGAUCUUUGGAUCCAUCUAAAUUAGGUGCCACAGCAUUUUCCUAGUGACAAGGAAUUCCAAAGCUGAGCUUUCCUCAGGCCAAAUACAUACAUUUGUUCUGGGUGUAUUGCAGUUCGCUCUCCCCAUUUUAGGCAGAAUUUGCUGAUCUUUUAAGUGCAGAAGGCCUUUUCUUUCAUUUUUCUCUCUUCUCAGUUACCUAUCUCUUAUAAUUUUGUCUAACAGACUCCUUUCACACUUCUUGCACCUUAUUCCCACCCACACUCAGACUGCCAGUUUUUAAAAUCUCCUUUCUCUUAUACUUUUCCAUUUCACUUGCUCCUAAAGCAGCUUGCCUCUGAUAUCCCCUUCUUUUCUGUUCCCAGUUUGUUUGUUAAAUUAGAUAUUAUUAUUAACCUUUCAUCUUGCUUUCUAAAUUCUUUCAACACUAAAUUCUUUACUUUGCAUACAAGAAGUUGCUGGUUUUCAGGCCUUUUUCCAAACCAAAAAGCUUCACCACAGCUAGUGGGUGGGACUGGUAAGUGAGGAGAUAGGGGAGUGGCUGUACCACUGAGCCCCCCCCUAAAAGUUCAGCUGUGGGUCCUGGCCUGGCAUCUGAGAAACCCUGUGGAAAACUAGUUAAAUUUUAGACUAGAAGUGCCAAUUGAGGCCGUGUUGGGACGGUACCUGCUUGAUGGUGGUCUCCUGUUCUUUCGUCCAGUUGCUCUCAAAUAACAUGUGUGAGGUUGCUUGGAUUCUUCAUGUUGUUUUGUUUCCUUCUGCAAAGCCUUCCAUGUGCCUGACACAGGAUACCCUCUUAACACAUCUGCCAGAUUCAAGUCUUUCCUUCCUUCCUUUUCUUAUCAGCAGGAUACUGUAGGAUUCAACUUCCCUCCCACAUGUACUUUCUUACAUCGGGCGCACAUACUUUACAAAAAAGACAGAAGAAAACUUGAGCACUUUUUGAAUAGUGCCUGUUUCUUCCAAGGGUACCUCAUCAAGUGGCAGCUCCACUCCAUGUACAUGUGCCAAAAAAGCCAUCCGUCGUGUGUAUACCUUGGGUGAAGAAGACCCAAGACUCUGCCACUUGUGUGGGCUUUUUUAUUUUUAAGAGGGUAGCUGCACUUUCCCUGUUCAAUUACCUGAGGACUUCACAGGAAGAUUAGGAAGGCGCUGCUGGAUUAGGCCUGAAGCUGAGCACGUGAAGAUAGCACUGUUGUUCGUCUCCCAGCAACUGGUGUUCUGAGAGAUGUUGCUCUGGAACCCAGGCGUUCCAGUCAGCAUUUAUCCAGCAAGAGUUAGUCAGACGUCUCUGGGGAGUUUGCAGGUGGAAACACCUCCAGGUCCUUGGUGAAUCUUAACACUUUCCAUUUUCUCUACAGGGAGGUGUUCAAAGCAAAACAUCGUCAAACAGGCAAAAAAGUUGCAUUGAAGAAGGUGUUGAUGGAGAAUGAAAAAGAGGGGGUAAGUUUGUGCUGUGUUGGGGGAUGAGGGGGGCAGUGUGUGCAUGUGUAAGGGCGAUUAUGAGCAUGGGAGGUAAAGUAGCUUUGAGGUGCAUCUUUGGAGCAGAAUGUGGGUGCAAAAUUGGGUGCAGCAACCUGGAUCAGGGGGAGGUGGGUCCAUCUGUUGUAGUGUUGUGUUUCAAAGAGUGGUCAGGCAGAUGUUUCCAGGAAGUCCUAAUGCAACAACUCAGUAGUCUUCCUUUAUUAUCCUUGCGUUUACCAUUCAGCAGUAUGUUUCCUCUAUAAAGACCUUUGGCUAUGUACAAUAUAGGUGACUGCCUGCCUGGCCUCUGAAAGGGAAAGUUUUGUUGUGGCUCACAGAACUGAUCCCACUUGAGAAACGCACACUGUGUGAACUUGUGGCAUCAAAUUUUUAAAGCCAUCUAUUUAUUUAUUUUUAAUAAUUUUUAUUAACAGGCCAAUCAGAUCACAUUAAUUCCAAAUCACAUUAGUUCCAAAUUACACAGCCAAAUUUUUAAAAUUUUGUUGGGGGUACCAAUACUUCGUGCUCCGAAAGGGAUCCAAACAUCACUCUUGCUGCUGCUUUAAUUACACAGUUCUGUCCAGAUAGUCUCUUUGUUAUUUUCCUCAUCUUCUUGUUGUUAUCAUAUAUUCCUUUCUUUGUGAUCUCUGAUAGUCUUCACAAGCGGGUUGAAAACAAACAUAUCCUGUGUGGAUUUUAUGCUUCUCCAAUAGCCAUAUCACAUAAAGGACAGACGCCAUUUCCACACCUCCGUACAAAACAUUCCCACAGUCUGUCCGUUGAUUUCCACAAGCCUGCCAGUCUGUCAUCAAUUUUCUCAGGGGGCCCUGCCAGGUCAAACUCACAUUCCGAUAACCAUGGUCCUCCUCCCCCUCGUCCUCCUGUGGGCAGGCCUGCCGUAACGAAUCUCUAUUUGUAACUGCGUCACAAAGCUUUCCUUCCUUUCCUGAUGUUCCCACAAGUCCUCUCUUUGAUUAGUAAUUUAUUUCCACACAGUUCUUAAUCUCCUGCUUGCGAUAAAUUUUUAAAGCCAUCUAAGCCAAUUGCUGUCUCACCAUCUUGCAGCAAUGGAUUUAUUCUGCUGUAUCAUAAUUCCUUCUGUUUCUGGUGUUCAUGCUGAGAGGAGUUGAUGCUUGUGUUGACCAAAUGGCAUGUGGAAGAGAGGGCUGAGUCUUGGCAGGAACCCUAAGGCUUGCAGAAGUAGAAACAAAUCUUUUGGCCAAAACCCCAAAUAGGAGGCCCCUCAGUGCCUGCAAAUUAGUUACUGGAUAAAGUUCAGAGUACAGGCAUUGGGAUACAAAGUCCUAUACAUCUUUGGACCAGGGUACCUAGAGGAUCGCCUUAUUCCUUGCAUACCCAACUUAACAUUGCAGAUGCUAUUCUGCAAGGAGGUCCAUUCCACACAGUGUCAGAAUAGAGUCUUUAGGUUGGUGGUACCUACCCAUUGAGACUCCCUCUUGUUUCAUAUCAGACAGGAGCCUCCUCUAAUCUUUUCGGAGCCUGCUAAAGACAUUAAUCUUUCAACAAGCCUUUUAAAAUCUUUGUCCCAGUUGGCAUCUGUCUUGAAUACAAAUUGAUUUUAUUUACAUGGUGUUUUUAAAAACUGUUUUUAAUAUUAAUAAUUGUUUUAAUAUAUGCAGUUGUUUUUCUAUGUAUGUGAUUGUUUUAUGUACAUAGUUGUACUAUAAACUCCUUUGGAAGUCCUCAAGGGAAGAGAUUCAUAGAUAAAGUAAAUAAAACGAGAAGAAACUUUGUUAACCUUUGGGUCUUUUUCUGAAAAGAAACAAGCCAGGUUUUCUAGUUUGCAUGUCGUGGUAAGUCAAAGCUUGUGGUUUGUUGCUCCUGGAAGGGCAGAGCAACAUGUUACAAACUAGGAAUGUGAACCAGUGCACUGCUGGUUUAUAAUAAGCUAUGGUUUAGCAUAGAUCUCUAGCAUUUAUUAAAGUUUUCUAACUGACUAUCUGGGUUAUUUUUUAGUUCCCCAUCACAGCCCUACGGGAGAUCAAAAUCCUCCAACUACUCAAGCAUGAAAACGUCGUGAAUCUCAUUGAAAUCUGCAGGACCAAAGGUAAGAAUUGUGGCUGCAAAAAAGGCAGUUUUUAUGAUUUACAAGUUCUUAUGAAAGCUGGAGAUAAGAAUCGCAAUCCAAGGCAUUGAGAAAUCACUAUCCCACAACUCAUAUGAUACGAUCGAUUGGUUAGAUUUAGGCAUAUGCCAUCCUUCCACACUAAAAAAAAAAAGGCUGCUUAUAAUAUAUGAAUGUAAAAACAGCAGCACUAUAAAGAUAUUAAUUUGGAGCGGGUCCUGGUGGUUUCUGCAUGUGCUGUAGAGGGUAGUGAGGUGCAGAUAAGGCUCAUCAACCUGGAAAGGUAGCCCAUCCAGGAGAAGGAAGACUCUGAUCUUAAAACUGCGCUGCCUUGCAGGAUAUAUUUGGGAGCAGAAAAGGCUCAGGAGCAAACCCGACACAAAUUCAGAGUGGAAUCCCUAAGGCGGUUGGAUGGGGCAUGUACACCUCCUUCCAGCAGCUCCUGCAGCCAAGCUCUGCGCAUUGCUCUGCUUUCCUUUGGAUCACAUCAGCGGAGUGGGGUGAUGGUGGUAUCUUGUCAUCUGGGCAGGCCAGGACCUCCAAACACACUGCCCAGUAUCUGGGCAGCAAAACUAUAAAUUAAAAGCAUUUGCGGAUGACUUAGUAUUAUCUUUAGAACAACUGAGCAAGAGCGUACCAGGAGUGAUAGAAGAGAGAGACAGAUUUGGAAAACUAGCUGCUUUCAAAUUAAAUAAAGGAAAAACCAAGAUGAUGGUUAAAAAUACGGACAACCAAGCAAAAAUGAUCUAGAACAGGCAUAGGCAAACUGGGCCCUCCAGAUGCUUUGGGACUACAACUCCCAUGAUCCCUAGCUAACAGGACCAGUAGUCAGGGAUGAUGGGAAUUGUAGUCCCAGAACAUCUGGAGGGCCCAGUUUGCCUAUGCCUGAUCUAGAAAUCAUGUAUGGGUGGAAGGUAAACGGCGUUUCCAUGCGCUGCUCUGGUUUCCCAGAAGCGGCUUAGUCAUGCUGGCCACAUGACCCGGAAGCUGUACGCCAGCCCCCUCGGCCAAUAAAGUGAGAUGAGCGCCACAAUCCCAGAGUCGUCCGCGACUGGACCUAAUGGUCAGGGGUCCCUUUACCUUUUCUUACAGGCAUGCGCAUCCCUCUCGAUUGUUGGUAAGACUGGCAAGAGCUGAUGUGUAUUGUAUUCCCAACAGCUUCUGGGGGCACCACAUUGGCUACACCUGCCACCUGUGGGAGGUGGUUCUGUGAGAGAGGGCUGUGCAGAGUAGCAGCAUGUGAAGGGACAGAAGCAGUUCUCAUUUGGGGAGGUGGGAAGGAUAGACAUUUUGCUUUGCAUUUUUGGGUGGAUCCGUGAGUACUAAAUAUUUCCUUCUAUGCCAGAUGGUUUUUGAUGCUGCAUCUUUGUGCCUUAACCUGCCUUUAGCCUUUGAAGGCAAGACUGUGAUUGCAGCUGCUUCCUUUUAAUUCCUACAGCCUCCCCGUACAACCGCUGCAAGGGCAGCAUCUACCUGGUAUUUGACUUCUGCGAGCAUGACCUGGCUGGACUCCUCAGCAAUGCCCACGUCAAGUUUACACUUUCGGAGAUCAAGAAAGUCAUGCAAAUGCUCCUGAACGGCCUGUACUACAUCCACCGUAAUAAGGUGAGGGGGGUCUUCUCUGGUUGAGACUUUCCCCUACUCCUAAGCUUCUUGACCUGAACGAAGUUGGGAACUGUAGCUUUGGAAUUUUCUGCCUGCUUCUCAGGAUGCACCUUUUUAUAAAUCUUCUUUCUACAUCUACCCAAUUGUUUUCCUUCUCCAGAUCUUGCAUCGGGACAUGAAAGCAGCCAACGUGCUUAUCACCCGCGAUGGUGUUCUGAAGCUGGCUGACUUUGGCCUGGCUCGGGCCUUCAGCCUGGCAAAGAACAGCCAGCCCAAUCGCUACACUAACAGGGUGGUGACUUUGUGGUAUCGUCCUCCGGAGCUCCUUCUGGGUAGGCAGUAAUUUGGUACGGGGGGAGAAUUGCCUGUUUGUGCUUUCCCCCUCAACCUCUUAAAGGAGCUUUUUUUUGUGUGUGUGUGUGUGUGUGUCCAAAACCCGCAUUCCCUUGUGGGCAGCCUUCCAGGGGCUGCAUUCCAGUGAUGGGCAGGGACAGAGGUGGGUGCGGGUAGAGCAACAGAUAUGAUUUUAAGUAGGAUACAUUCCAGUCACACAGCCACUGGAGACAUGUGUGUGUGUGUGUGUGUGUGUGUGUGUGUGUGUGUGUGCACUCCCCAUACAUACUGGCAAGCAAGAGGCAAUAUCACAUUUCAGUGGCACAUUCUAGUCAGGCAAAAGCACUUCAGGGGAGUCCAUCACAGCAAGGCCUGUAUGGGAAUUGACCUGAAGAGAGGGAGCCUGCCCUGGGCAGAGUUCAAAGGGAUGGAAAGAGAAAGGGCUGGAGGGUUUGAUACCCCUGAGAUUAUGGACCUGCUGGGAGGGAGGAGGGAGCCGGGUUUGAUGGGGUUUACAAGUUCCUUUUUGCGUAUUCAUAGGACAUUGCAUUUUUAAAAAGAUAAUCAACUUUACUCCUGCAUUUAGCAUUGUGUGGGUAAGGCCUGAAAAAAAAUAUAAAGAUGAACAUGCCUGUUUGCCACCUUUCUCCUCGGCGUGGAGGUCUUCACAACCACAUGAAGCAAUGUAGUGCAGACAAGCACUUACUGUUUCUGGCAGAAGGCAUCUAAAUUGUGCUCGUUACUACUAGCCUCUUAAUUGACUAGUGAAAGAUUUGCCUUCUGCAUAGGAAGCUGCCUUCUACUGAGAGACCAAUGGCCCCACCUAGCCCAGAACUGGCAACACUGACUGGCAGGCAUCUCUCUGGGGCUUCAGGCAGGGCUCUGCUAUUUGGAGAUGCUGCCGGGGAUAGAACCUGGGACCUUCUACAUGCAAAGCAGGGGUCCUGCCGCUGAGCUAUAGCCUUUCUGCAAAGCAAGUCUGGGGAAAAGGGUCCAUCACUCCAUUCUCUGCUGGCCUUUUGCAUUUCCAUGCUUCUCCUUCCCCCUCCUCUUGAUCUUCUGCAUGGAAUUCCUCAUCACAAAGCAUGAUUAGACAAUCUGUAAAAAGAGAAGACUGUUAUCUUGAUUCUUUUAAAAUUUGCAUUGUAAAUUGCUGAUAUAUUGUAAAAGAUAGCCUCCUUGUGCUUUUUGUUUACCUGAGGAAUCUAUGCCCCGCCUGCUAACCAAAGUUCUUGGCACAGUUUAACAACCGUAUUUAAAAUGCAAUACAACAGACAGUUUUCUAGGGCUUUAAAGAUCCACACAAUGGGUUGUUAAUCCUACUUAGAGUAGACCCACUGGCUAACUUGGGCACCUUAGUUGGAUGCAACCCUAGGAUUUCCAGUUGAGACUAGAAGCAAAUUGCUAAUGUGUUUUUGAAGCCGUGUUGUCCAGCCCUGGUUUCUUUGAGAUUAAUUAAUGAGUUUCCUUGUGUUUAGGGGAACGAGAUUAUGGACCACCCAUUGAUCUCUGGGGCGCAGGAUGCAUAAUGGCAGAGAUGUGGACCCGAAGCCCCAUCAUGCAGGGAAACACAGAACAGCACCAGCUCACUCUCAUCAGCCAGCUUUGUGGAUGCAUCACCCCGGAGGUAGGUUCUCUAAUCUUUCAGGUUAGAAAAUGAGCCCACCCCCCAACCUGUGAUGAAAUCCUGCCCAUCCAUGAUGGUAUAUUGCUUCCCACAUGCUUGAGCAAGAGCUGGAUUUAGUAGGUAUGGCAUUUGAAUCUCUGGAUCAUAUUUAAACUGCUGGCAUGAUCUUUGCUGUUUUUAGAAACAUGGGAAGCGGCCUUAUUUAGGGUUCAUCUACUUCACUGCACUGAGUCUCUCCAGCUGGUUAUGCCCCUGUUGGCGGGGAGUGAGCAUGGUGCCUUUUCCAUGCAAAGCACAGCAGAGGCCCUCACAUACUUCCCACUCUUUGAUUAUUUUAAUUCUGAGAUUUAUACACUCUUUCCGUUUUUUAAAAAAGUUUUUCCCAGCCUAGGAUAAUUCAUAGCAUUUAAGGCUGCCCUCCUGGUCUCGCUUUCCUAGAAGAAGCUCCACCAAGGAAAGUGGAACGUACACUGAGAAAACCGUGUUCAGAUUCUGCUGUGGGAUAAAGCACUUUGUUGUACAGUACAGCAAAGCGACAUCCAAGCUAAUUAUGCUUUGUGUACUGUUUUUAAAAUUAAAUCCGAAGGAGGGUAAAAUAUAGAGGCCUGGGGAAGCGAUACAGCAUAUCAUGUGAACUUCUCUGGAGUGAUCAUGGUUAAGGUUUCAUGACUGAGGGCCUCUUCUUGUGCUUUGCCAUCUGCCUCCCCUUUGCUGGUGGGGCAUUUGGAAGAGGGUCUGCAAAGAAGGUUUUAACUUCACAGGCAAGCUAAUAAUGGGGAUGGGUCAUCCUUGGGACCAGGCAUGUGACAUAGGCAUCUCCACCUUGAAAUGUGCUCAGAAGCUUGCCUUGUGACCAGUGUAGCUGUUCAGGUUAGGAGUGGGCAAUGAGGUAUCCUCCAGAUGUGAUGGACUUCCAGCUGUUAUCAACCACAGCUGGUGAUAAGGAACGGUGGUGAUUAUAGUCCUGGAGGGAGGCAGCAUCCUCAACACCCUGGGUUUUGGCACUAGCAAGGCGUGAUUCCCAUUUCCCUUUAGCAGUCCAGCAACGCCUUUUGAAGCUCUUGAAGACUGCAGUUUCUGAACAGUCUUCAAGGGAAGCCCCAUGGAUUGCUAGGACAAUAAUCUUAAGUGAUCACUUUCAGUGUUUCGGUUAGUUUCUUUACAACUAAUAGGUUAUACCCAAUGUAGCACUAAGCUGAAGUCACUUUGUGGUAUAAACUCACAACUUUUGUUGGGGCCACAUUUGGGGGGAUUGUGUAUAAAGCUGAAAUCCUGUAUAGUCUGAACAACUGCCGUGCAACCAUCCCUACCUUUUUGAAGGUGGUGCACUUAGCAGGCCUUGUCCGCCAUGCAAGGUGGAGAGCUUAGUGGCUGUUUCUGCAUCAGAAAAACCUGGCACAGAUAAAGCUCUCUGCCUUGCAUCCAGUUUGGUGGCCAUUGCUGCAUCAUGUGGGAACAAACCAUAGUUUGGUUGUUCGAAGGAGUGCUUCCUUUUGCCUGACCUGAUGGGGCUUUUUGACACUUGGAAACUGAAAUGGGUUAUCAGUCUCCUUCCUCUGGAUUUAAUCCUUGUCCGGUUACUCCUUAGGUGUGGCCAAACAUGGAUAAGUACGAACUGUAUGAGAAGCUGGACCUGCCGAAAGGGCAGAAGCGCAAGGUGAAGGAGCGGCUCAAGGCGUACGUCAAAGACCCAUAUGCUCUGGAUCUCAUAGACAAGCUGCUGGUCCUGGAUCCUGCCCAAAGGAUAGAUAGCGAUGACGCCCUGAAUCACGACUUCUUCUGGUCCGACCCUAUGCCCUCUGAUCUCAAGAACAUGCUCUCCACCCAUAACCAAUCCAUGUUUGAGUACCUGGCUCCUCCCAGGAGGAGGGGUGGACAUAUGCCACAGCAGCCUGCCAAUCAGGGCAGGAAUCCUGUGGCGACCAAUCAGACAGAGUUCGACAGAGUGUUCUGAUGGCUGUGGACCAAGAACAAGAAUGGAGUACUGGUUUCCAAUGGAAUAACGAAAAUGAUUUGUUUCAGCUGGUUUUUUUUUUUUUUUUACUGUUGCAAAGCAAAGCAAAACGAACAAAACAAAAACUGGUAGGAAGAGAACAAGACAGCUGUAGGUCUGUGUUUUAAGAGCUACAGGGCUAAACACUGGAAAGGUGUGUAGAGUUCUGCCUAGCUGGGCUAUCACAGACUGAAUUGCAGCUUUUCUGUGCUUGUUGAUUUCUAAAGUACUGAAACAAUCUCGAUGAACUUUUUUUUUAAAAUUCAUUGUUUCUAUGAAUUUGCACUGCUAUGAAAGUGUGUAUCUGGUGUGCAGGAGGAUGGAGCAGACUGGGUAGGGUCUUGUGUCCAAGAACGGCUGCUGACUUUGAAUCAUACCGUGGGGCCUGUCCACUUCUGCCACACAUGUGUUGUGGCAGUGGGUUGGUUAGGGUGGCCAGGAAGGAAGCUGCAGAUCUCCCAGGCUUUGGUAACAGAGGUAGCCUUCCCAUGGUAGCAGAGAAGAACGUGGACCCAUCCUUGAGCCACUGUAGGAUGGCCAUCUAACCAUUGUUUCUUAAAUAAAACAGCUGUUGGACUACAAGCCCCAUCAUGCCUGGCCACUGGUCCUGCUAUGGUUGAUGGGAGUCGUAGUCUAACAGGUGGUGAACCAAGUUUGAGAAACAAACAAACAAAUUCUGAUCUUUUUGCUGCACCACUACGUAGCUCUGCCAUGGAUUUUGUAGGCUUCAAGCUUUUUUUAUUAUUAUUUAAAAAUCCCAACAGCAGGCAGUAAAUGCUUACUUACUUGGACCUAACAAGGCAAGAGGUCUGAUGACUUUUCACCCUGGGUAUGGGUGGGAUACUUAUCUGUAUUAUACUUUUAUCAUGUUCUGGUCUUUUUUCUAAAUAGCUCAACUGUAAUAAAAGGUACUUGCAUAGAUAUCUGGCACUGUGUAAGAGCUGCUUUAUUUUUUAGAUUGCAGAGUUAGCCAGCAGUGUGGUAGUUAAAAGUCUCAGAUUAAGUGUGGAGAGAGUGGAGUACAAAUUCUCCCUUUUGGACCUGUCUGUCUGUCUCUCUCUCUCUCUCAUAUGUCUGCGUGCGCACGCACACACACACACACACAUUAUCUCUUGGCUUACUUCACUUGUAGGGUGGAUGUAAAGAUAAAAUGGAACAACUAUGUAUGUCAUCUUGAACUCCUCUGAGGGAAUGUGGGAUAAAAGAAAUCAAUAAUAAAUAAAUACCAUUCUGAUCAGGAGGUCUGGAACGAAGAG